UUAAUUAAAAGCCGAUUUCAAGCACAUGACUUCUUGUUGAGUUGUUCUUGUAAGUUGUAACAAGCCAGCUAUUCUUUCUCUUCAAAAAAGAAUGUCUAUCCUCAGCCUGUUUGCACUCUUGCUCGCAGUCUCUUAUGCUACAAGCAUUCCUCUCUAUCGCUUCAAAAGUGCUUACGAGACUCACCGUAGAGAUGGACGCAUCACCAUGAGAGAUGUUGCUCGAGGACUUGAGCAGAAGUACUCCCGCAACUUACCUGGAUACGUAGGAGAUGACGAACCAAUGAAGGACUACCUCAUGGCCCAGUACUACGGUCCUAUCUCUCUUGGUACUCCCGACCAAGACUUUAAUUGCAUGUUUGACACAGGUUCGUCAAACCUCUGGGUACCUAGCAAGAAAUGUGGGCUCCUGGAUAUUGCCUGUCGUCUCCACAAUAAGUAUGACAGCACUAAGUCUAGCACUUACAUUGCUAACGGUACCAAAUUUUCUCUUCAGUAUGGCUCAGGGGCAACCUCUGGUUUCUUCAGCACAGACAACAUGAAGAUUGGUAAUUCUACAAUCACAAAGCAGUCCAUUGGUGAGGCUACACAUGAGCCUGGAGUUGCUUUCGUUGCCGCUAAAUUUGACGGUAUUUGUGGUAUGGCCUACCCUGCCAUUUCUGCCGAGAGGCAGACGCCAUUUUUUGAUAACAUGAUAUCCCAGAACCUCGUUAACGCUGGAAUGUUCGGUGUUUUCUUGAGCGCUGACACUAGUGCUAGUUUGGGCGGAGACUUGAAUCUCGGAGGACCUAAUGAGAAAUACUAUACUGGAGAUUUUAACUAUGUCCCACUGACCUCUAAGACUUAUUACAUGAUCAAAGUUGACGGCAUGAAUGCUGGUAAUUUGAGUCUUUGUGAUGGUGGUUGCAAUGGUAUAGUUGAUACUGGUACUUCACUCAUAGCCGGCCCUACUGCAGAGGUAACUAAAAUCGCCACGGCCAUUGGAGCUAAAUCCACCCUUGCCGGAGAAUACACUAUUGAUUGCACUAAAGUCCCUUCCCUGCCUGACGUCACUAUCACAAUUGCUGGUCAGAAAUACACUCUCACUGGAAAGGAUUACGUGCUUAACGUUGAAGGACAGUGUCUGCUUGGUUUUAUGGGUAUCAACCUUCCCGACCAGCUGAAGAACAGUUGGAUCCUGGGGGACGUUCUUAUAAGGGUCUACUACACUGUCUUUGACUAUUCUGGUGGUAGAGUUGGGUUUGCCCCGUCCAAGCAAAAUUAAACUUUUGAAUGUGUGACUUGCAGUUGAGUGCAUUGCAGUUAACUAGUUAUUGUUUGACACUAAUAGUUGUUGAAUCAUUGUUGUUUUUGUUGAUCUCCCCUCCUUUUUGCUGUUGAUUUAGUUUAUGAUAAUCCAUCAUAAUAA